AUGAAUUGUAAUGAAAAUCUUGCGGAACAAACUCGUUCUUUAAUAGAUCGUCUUAAAGUAAGGCAAGCGAUGAUUUCAAAUCAAUUAAAAACAAUAACAAAUGAUACAAUUGGUACAUUAAAAAAAAGUAAAAGUGUUUCAUUUCUUGAUGAUGAUGAUCAAUCUUAUAUGAGGACAUCGACUGAUCAAUUGAAACCACGUUCAAUUUUAAAAAAACAAGACAUUAUUAAUGAUGAAAAAAGUUCAGUUGAACCAUUUGUUGUUAAUAUUCCGGAUAAUAUUUCUCGUAUUGAUAUUGAUCAAUAUUUAAAAAAUGUUCAAGAUCAACGACGAAAAGGACUUAAUUAUUCAUAUAAUACAGAUGAUGAAAAUGAUGAUGAAGAAAAAGAAGAAGAAAAGAAUGAAUCUCAAGAAACUGUACAAAAAGUAAAUGAACCAUGGAAUGAGCUUAAACAUUGGCGUUCAUUAUUUGAUGAAGGUAAUGAUCGAGAUGUUUAUUACAAUACAUUACGAACAUCAAGUAAUCAUGAACAAGUUUGGACAACAGAUAAUAUUGAACAAAUCAAAAAACGUAUUCAUGAAAGACAAAAUAUGCCAUUAAAACAACAAAGAAAAAAUACAAGUAUAUCACCGAAAAAACAUCAACAACAAACAUCAUUUCAUAAUCGUCAAAAAGUUUUACUUGGAUAUGAUUUUGUUGCUGGAUUACUUGAUAAUGAAAAAUCAUCAUUGUUAAAUAAUGAAAAUUCUCUAUCGGAUUCAUAUGUAGAUGAAUUAGUAUCGUUUCGAAAGAAUAAUAUAGAUCCAUCGACAUCCUAUACAAUAUCAAAUGAAGCUGAUUUAACAGAUUUUUCAAAAGAACUCGAACUUGUACCGCCAGAUGGUUAUCAACAUGGUCAUACUUGUAUACAUAGUUUUACGAUUAAUGACCGUCUUUUUACUGUUCCAACAAAUCCGGAUACUAAUGGACAAAGUCGUUGUCCUAUUUGUGCAUCAUUACGUAAAGAACCUAAUGCAUAUGAACCACAAUAUGCACGUGUUAGCAUUCCAAAAUAUCGUGUGAAUUCAAAUACAUAUCAAUUUCGUCCACCAAAACGUGCUCAUCUGUCAGAUUUAUCGACUGAUAGUGUUGCUCUUGCUAAUCAUUGUUUAGCUGGUUUUAAUACAGCUCGUGUUGCACCUUUGGAUAAAUCGGCUAAAAGUCUUGAUUUACGUACUGAAUCAGGUACACAAUUAGAAUUAACAAAAAUGUCAUUAGAAGAUGCUCAACGUCUUGGUUCAAAUCAUGAUAUAUGUGAAACUGAUCUUCGUCGUCGUAGUACAGCACUUCGUUAUCAUAUGAAUACAUUAUUUCAAGAACGUUUAAGACGUUUACGAAAAACAACAAAUGGUGCAGAUAAUAAUGCUAGUAUUAUUUCACAGAUUGAUGUUCGUUAA